AUGCAACUUCGCUGCAUGUCCAACGUGGCGACACUCACCUGGAUGGGCCAUGGUUUCGGUCUGUGCCGCGCCCAGCUGCUGAUGCAAGAAGCGUGGAACGAUACCUACCUUCCCAUCACGGAACCCAACAACGCAGAGGUCAGAGCUUUCGUAUCAGGACUUCCAGCCGAGGAACAAGCGGACAUCACCAACGAAGAGGCGAUGAACAGAGCCAAUGAAAGGCUCAGAGACCCGCAUGCGAGGACGAUUCCGAUCACGGCCAACCUGGUUGCCCUCAUCAAUGUGUCCCUGUCCAACCUCACGCAAGAUCAGCGACAGGUUUUGACAUUGUUGAUGGCGCAUCGGAACCGCGUGCUGGCCGACUACCGCCUGAACGAGCUCCGUGAAGUUUACCUCGAGACCUUCCUGGUCAUUGAUGGAGGCUAUCUGGACAACCACGAAGGCUACUGGGUCGAGGAUGAAGAGGAUGGCACAGAAGGUUUUCUCGAAGCCGAUGACGACACCUUCUGGGUCUACGACGAGGAAAAGGAAAAAGAGGAAAGAAAGGAAAAGGAGCUUCUGGAAGAAAAGUCUUUCGUCGUCGCAGAGGAAAUCAAGUUUCGUCAGAAGGCUUACUUAGCCUUGGUCAUUAUUGAUGGCUUUGAGAAGGUUACAGUUCGUCAAGCAGUCAAGAAGGUGGCCUGGGCAAGAAAUUGCCAACUUACCGUCUCCGGCUAUUCUUCUGUGGAAACAGCUACUGGAAAACGACCACCAGACUUGCUUGAUGCGGAGACAAGCACUCCAGAACAGCUCUCUGUUGACCCAGCCGAAGAGGAUAGGACUACUCUGGAUCUCCAGAGGAUUGCCAUGAGAGCUCAUCAAGAAGCUCGACAGUCGAUCGAACUUCGAAAGGAUCAAGCACGACGGGCGAUGCCGUCUGAUGGUCCAUACAAGAAGGGAGAUCGUGUUUUUGUCUGGCAUAAAGAUGAGUCAAAGAAGAAGUCAGAAGGCAUCUAG